AUGGGAGCAAAGAAACGCCAACUCCCCGAAGGCCACGUCUCCGGCCAGGCCAAUGGGCCUUUGUCAAGGCCAGCCCACAACGUACCCUUCACCCAAGUCGCAAAGGAACUCAACACCGACCUUGCCUCUGGUCUGAACCGCGAAGAAGCAGCUGCCCGACUCCUCAAAUAUGGCCCGAACGACCUAGGCGAAGAAAAGGGCGUCAGGCGGCUCGAGAUUCUCAUCGCGCAAGUGGUAAAUGCUAUGACCUUGAUCCUCCUCCUCGCCCUAGCAGCCUGCCUAGCUAUCCGCGCCUGGAUCGAGUCCGGCGUCCUCGGUUUUCUCAUCGCAAUUAACAUCAUCAUAGGCUACUUUCAGGACUUGCAGGCCGCAAAAACCAUCGCGUCGCUCAAGUCACUCAACUCAGCUACCGCCCGCGUCAUCCGCAACGGUGUCACGUCCGUCAUCCCCGCCGCGGAGGUCGUUCCCGGUGAUGUGAUUGAGCUCAAAGUGGGGGACAGCGUCCCCGCCGACGCGAGGGUCUCUGAAGCUGUUAAUCUCGAGGCUGAUGAGGCUUUGUUGACUGGAGAAAGUGUGCCCGUGCGCAAGGACCCGGAUCAGGUGUAUGACGAUGAGAAUGUUGGACCCGGCGACAGGGCAAACGUGGUCUUUUCGUCGAGCAUAAUCACCAAAGGCCGGGGUAGGGCCGUGGUCUUUGCGACGGGGAUGUGCACGGAGAUCGGAGCGAUUGCGGCUGCGUUGGAGGAUGAUGGGACCAAGAAGAGGAAGGUCAGGAAAAAUAAAAACGGAAGGGCGGGAGUGUGGGAGUGGGUUGAGUAUGGAGUGUUGAGGACGUGGGAUUGGGUUGGGGGGUUUUUGGGGAUAAAUGUGGGCACGCCGCUGCAGAGGAAGCUGUCGCAGCUGUUUUGGUAUGUGUUUCUGUUUGCGGUGGCGUGUUUUGUGGUAGUGUUGGCUGCGAACAAGUUCCACACCCGCAGCGAUGUCGUCAUCUACGCCGUCGCAACUGCCGUCGGCACACUGCCGGUCACGCUAGUCGUGGUGCUCACCAUCACGAUGGCUGCUGGCACGAAGGUGAUGGUGCAGCGCAACGUCAUUGUGCGGAAUAUGCGUUCGCUGGAGGCCCUUGGAGGUGUCACCAGCAAGAUGGUCACCCGUAUGGCCUGGAUUCCGGGCCUCGGCACGUACUCGGUCAAUACGGACGACCCGUACAACCCCGACGCUGGGAUUGUGACCUUCAUCCACGCUGAGCCGCGCGAGAUUUCCUCCGAUGAAGGUAGUCCUGUGACGCCAGAGAGCGAGACUCAGCCGGUUUUGAAGGAGUACCUCACCAUUGCGUCGCUAGCCAACCUGGCCAAGGUCACUAAGACUGGCGGUGCCUGGCAGGCACACGGCGAUCCAACCGAGAUUGCACUCAAAGUGUUUGCUACCAGGUUUAACCGCUCCGAGGAUGCAGAGAAGGCUGAAUGGAAAGAAAUUGCCGAGUUCCCCUUCGACUCCUCCAUCAAGCUAAUGUCCAUGCUCUACACCAACAUCCCAACCAGCCGAGUAUCGAUCUUCACCAAAGGAGCCGUAGAGCGCGUCCUAGCCAACUGCAGCACAAUCUUGAGCCUAGAAAAUACCCCAGUCCCUCUGACAGCCUCCCAUUACACCCAAAUCCAUGCCAAUAUGGAAUCCCUCGCCCGCCGCGGCCUGCGCGUGCUCGCCCUCGCCUCCCGCCACGACUUCGCUCCUAUCAGCCCCGAGAGCUCUCGUCGUGGUCAGCUAAAUCGCGCAGAGUUCGAGCAUUCCCUCACAUUCUGCGGCCUCAUCGGCAUCUACGACCCCCCUCGUCCCGAAUCCCGUCCCAGCGUGUUCAAGGCUCUGAGAGCAGGCAUCUCCGUGCACAUGCUUACCGGCGACCAUCCUUUCACUGCCAAGGCAAUUGCCGCUGAAGUGGGGAUUUUGCCGUCUAGAAUGGAGCUUAUCAGGUCGGAUAUCGCCCAGGGAAUGGUCAUGACCGCGGCAGAGUUCGAUCGCCUCACGGAUGAGGAGAUUGAUGCCCUGCCUGAGUUGCCUUUAGUUGUGGCGAGGUGCACGCCGAAUACCAAGGUUAGGAUGAUUGAUGCAUUGCAUAGGAGAGGGAAGUACGUUGCCAUGACAGGCGACGGCGUCAACGAUAGCCCGAGUCUCAAACGCGCGGACGUUGGGAUUGCGAUGGGUCUGAACGGCAGUGAUGUAGCCAAGUCCGCGGCAGACAUUGUGCUGAGCGAUGACAACUUUGCGAGUAUCCUCAACGCAAUUGAGGAAGGACGCAGGAUAUUCGACAAUGUGCAGAAGUUCAUGCUUCAUGUGCUCAGCGCGAACGUUGGGUUUGUCACGACGUUGAUGGUCGGGCUGGCGUAUAAGGAUAAGAGCGGCACGUCGGUGUACCAAGUGACGCCCAUCGAGAUUCUGUGGAUGUUGCUUGUUGCCGGGGCGUUUACCGAGACGGGGUUGGGAUUUGAGGCCGCGUCAAAGCAUAUCUUGAGUCGGCCGCCGCAGAGUCUGAAAUAUGGCGUCUUCACGCGCGAAUUUCUCGCCGACCUUGUCGCCUACGGCAUUCUCAUGGCUAUUUGUCUGCUCUCCUCUUUCAUCAUCGUCAUCUUCGGCCUGUACGAUGGCAACUUCGGCGUCGACUGCAACUUGCGCUACUCUCCCUCAUGCGAAGGCGUCUUCCGCGCCCGCUCGACCUGCUACACCUCCAUGAUGUGGAUCUUCGUAUUCUUCGCCUGGGAGCUGAUUGAUGCGAGGCUGUCCUUCUUUCAUGGGGCGUUUAGGAAUACGAAGAAGUGGGCUUUAAGGUUGUGGAGGAAUCCGUUUCUGUUUUGGUCGGUUGUCGUGGGCUUUGUGAGCGUCUUUCCCACGCUGUACAUUCCCGUAAUUAAUAAGCGUGUGUUUUUGCAUGCUGGACUGGAUAAGGAAUGGGGCGUGGUGUUUGCCAUGACCGUGUUGUUCUUCCUGGGGGCUGAGGGAUGGAAGUGGGCGAAGAGGGUUUACCUUAGAAAGCAUGGGCUGAUGGAGAGAAAGGGGGCGGGAGCGUCAGAAGAGGAUAUUGAGAAAGCUGCGUUCGAGAGGUGGUAUGAAAGGAGGGAUGUCAACAAGGAGGGGACUCAGCCUUAUCUCAACAUGAAACCAUGGACGUGGGUUGAAGGAGAAAAUGAGUUGAGGACGGCCAUUGAGAAAGAUGGACGAGCGCUGGUUGCUUAUGUAGUCCCAGAUGAGCGACAUUCGAAAUGGCUCGAGCCCGAAUGGGCCUCAGUAGAGCAGUCUAGCCGAAUUCCCGUCCUCAGCAUAGAUUGUUCAACUCAUUUUCGACUCUGUCAACAAGCUGAUGCUUCCUCAGUCCCAGCCAUCCGACUCUCCUACUCAGAUGGGACAUUCCAUCGAUACCGAGGUCCACGAAACUCCCACUCAAUCCUCAGCUUCGUUGAGAGAAUGUCUCGCCCUGCCUUGUCUCAUAUUGACAGCAGUAAUGUCACUUCUUUCCAAGGGAUGGAUGCCAUUACCCUUGUUGCUCAGUUUGAACCAGAGGAUAAGCACCUGCGGCAGGAGUUCGAGCGGUUGGCGAGGAAGUACAGAGAUCAGUAUUCCUUUGCAGUAAAGAAGAGUCAAGAGCAAACGGAGUCGCGCGUGGAGUGCUACAACAAGCUCGAUGACAUUCAUCACACGCUCACGGAGUUUAAGACAAUCGGAGCCAUGGAAAACUUCAUUAGGCUAUGUUCAAGACCAUUGAUCCCAGAGCUAACAAGAAAGAACGAACUCACUUUCUACAAGACAGGAAAAUCCCUAGUCCACUUCCUCACUUCCAAUUCCUAUGACAAAGCCACCUUCAUCUCCCAAAUGCGACCUCUCGCCAAGAAAUACGCCGAAUACCUCCACUUCCUCGUCACUGAUGCCCACGAGUACCCCGACGCAGCCUCCAUGCUUGGCUUGCAGCCUGGUAUCUCUGGCCUAUCUGUGCAGAGCCCGAAUACAGGGAAUGUCUAUCCUUAUCGGGGGAAGGAAAAGCUCACUGCGGAGGUGGUUGAACGCUUCUUGGGGGAUAUCAUCCAGGGGAGAGUGCAGCCUUGGCAACCGGGUGAGAACGCAGCCGGUCAUGAUGAGCUGUAA